AGUAGCCCCACUCACUCUGACGGCGCACCCCAGAGGUCUCAGAUAUCAUGCUCAUCCUCUCGGACAUGUCCGACACGGCGACAACCUCGGCCACGGCAAAGCUGCACCUCACAAAAGUGCAAGCUACGGGCAACGACUUCCUCCUGGUCUUGGAUCCUGACGGACUCCGUCCGCUCCGCCGCGAAACGGUCGCGGCGCUCUGCGACCGCCGCCUCGGCAUCGGCGCCGACGGCAUGAUCCGCGCUGUUCGCUCGGCCUCCAUCCCCGAGGGCGCGUGCCUCGCCGCGUCCGCCGAGUGGUUCAUGGACUACGUGAAUGCCGACGGCAGCGUCGCCGAAAUGUGCGGCAACGGCGUCCGUGCCUUUGUCCGCUACCUCGUGCACCGGGAACUGGUGAGCGGCCGCUUGGCGGUGGGCACGCGCGCGGGCGUGCGCUGGGUCGAGCGCGUGCGCGGGGGCUUCAGGAUCGACAUGGGGCCGUGGCGCAUCACGGGGCGGACGAUGGUGCGCGCCGAUGGGAUAUCAGAACGGAGGGGGCUCGCGAUCAACCUCGGGAACCCGCACGUCGUCGUGCCCGUCAGCGGUGAGGAACUCGCGGCGCUUCGGCUCGCCCAGGCGCCCGCCCUCGAUCCGCCGGCGCCCGAGGGCGCCAACGUCGAGUUCGUCGUUACUGAGUGUACGGAGGGGAUGGGACGGGUGCGCAUGCGCGUGAGUGAGCGCGGCGUUGGCGAGACUCUCAGUUGUGGGACGGGGAGCGUGGCGGCCGCCCUCGCUGCGCGGGAAUGGGCGGGCGGGGUGCCCAAUGUCUGGGAGGUGCGGAUACCUGGUGGUGUUGUCGAGGUCGAAAUGACUGGUGGGGAGAAGGAGCAGGUCACAUUAGCUGGGCCCGCGGAGGUCGUCUUCGAUGGCGAGUUCACGUUUCAUCAUCCUUGA